AUGGCCAGUGCAGAGCCCAUGGAGGUUGACAGACCUGACGACAUGAGCCAAAAGCCUGAGACUAGUCUACAGAAAAUGCUUCAGUCCUGGUUCAACAAAUGUAUACCUAAUGUGGACUGUUCAGUGAAAAGGAUCCUAAAAGAUGGGCGUGUUGUGAUAAACAUUAAACCAGCUCCAGCCCUGACUGAGCUUCAGAAACUGAAUAAACAAACACUAACUGGGAAGGAUGGAGAUUUAGUCACCAUAACAUCCAUCAGUCUGACACUGCCAUCUCCAGAGCUUGAUGCACAAGUACCAGAGGAUGCUUCAAUGAACCCUUCUGCAUCUGUGCCAGAUCCACAAACUGAUCAGGUUCAACUGGGAAAGCAAAGUAAAGCAGUUUCAGCAGGUGGAGAACAGACAGGUGCUUCAGAGGAUGCUUUGACAAACCAUCGUACAUUUGUGCCGGCUCCACAAACUGACCAAGUUCAGCUGGGGAAACAGAGUAGCACAGUUUCUGCAGGUGAAGAGAUUUGCACUUGUUCUGUCCCAGUGGGUCAUUUCUGGUAUGUGAACCACAUGUACGAAGAGGAAAUGCAACAUAUAGAAAAAAAGAAUGGGGUUAAAAUCAUGGCAGAUGUGAAGGUGAGAUUUGAAGUAGAUGGAAAACAUGGGAGCCCAGGCAAUGCUCUCGAUGAGUUUGCAAACCUUGUCCAAAAAAGCUUAGUUGAAUCCAGUGGCUCAGUUAUUCCUCUCAAGUUCAUAGAUUCAGAUCAGUGGGGUGAUGCACUGAAAACCAUUCAGAAAAAAGAAAACAAGCUUUUGGUUACUCUGACUUCUGAAACAAUGACUGUACGUGGGCCAACACAAAGUCAAGAGGCCAUCAAAAAGUUCUUAAAUGCAGAUACAGAACAGAAAAGAAACACAGAUGCUUCUCAUGAAGAGAAUAAAAGAGAGACUCAAGACACAUCACUGAAGAUUGACAUGACCACCAAAGACCAUCUGAUGCAUAUGGGACUAACGAUGGAGGAGAGCUACUGGAAGGUGAUGAUUACCUCUUGCAGUGAUAAGGUAGCAAAGAUCAAAGCUAAGUUUAAUGUGGAACUGAAAGAAUCAGACAUUGGUCAAGGCAAAGUCAAUGUCAAAGCCUUAUACAAGAAAGAUGAAGGAAAUGCCUCCAUGGAGAGCCACGCUAUGAGAGAGCUUUUUCAUUUAUAUCAGAAAACUGCCACAUCUCCCAUGAAUGUCUCCCAGUCCAGUGCUGCUGCUGGAAUAUGGGGUUGGUCAUGGCCAUGGGUGACGCAGAUCCUUAAUGCGGAGCUGCAAGCUUUCGCUUUCGUUUAUGAGGAAGUACCAGUGUUUAAAGUAGCGAGGCAGGGGAAGACGAUCAAAAUCGGAAACAUGGACUCGGACACGGACUCGGUGGAACUCAUGGACACUCUCGACGAGAGCAUGCAGCAUUCUGCUUUGAGUGACAACCAGCAACAUUCAUCACCUACAGAUACAACUGCUGCAGUGCAGCAUUCUUCUUUGAGUGUCAACCAGCAACACCUAACACCUACUGAUACACCUGGUGCGGUGCAGCCUUCUGCUAUGGGCAAAAAUGAGCAACAUCUAAAACCUACCGAUACACCUGCUGCAGUUGAAGAUGGAGCUCUCAUUGUUCUCUCACUGAAGUGGACAAAGUCUGAUGAUGAACCACAAAAAACAAAGAAGCCUGAGACUAGUCUACAGAAAAUGCUUCAGACCUGGUUCAACAAAUGUAUACCUAAUGUGGACUGUUCAGUGAAAAGGAUCCUAAAAGAUGGGAGUGCUGUGAUAAACAUUAAACCAGCUCCAGCAAUCACUGAGCUUCAGAAACUGAAUAAAAAAACACUAACUGAAAAGGAAACUGAGAAGGGAGUUGGGAAGGGAAAAAAAACAAAGGUCACCAUAACAUCCAUCAGUCUGACACUGCCAGAGCUUGAUACACAACUACUUCCUGAAGAUGAUUCUUCAGAGCAAGUUCAACAGGGGGAGCAGAGUGAAACAGGUUCUACUGCUGGAGACCAGAUGGGUGCUUCUUUCAUGCCAAAGACAAAAAAUGAGCACAUUCAGCCAGGGAAGGAGAGUAACACAGGUUCUACAACUGAAGAAGAUAGUGAUACUUCCCCAAUGUACUUCUUACAAACUGAGCAAGUUCAGGUGGGGAAACAGAGUAGCACAGUUUCUGCAGGUGAAGAAAUGUACACUUGUUCCGUCCCAGUGGGUCAUUUCUGGUAUGUGAACCACAUGUACGAAGAGGAAAUGCAACAUAUAGAAAAAAAGAAUGGGGUUAAAAUCAUGGCAGAUGUGAAGGUGAGAUUUGAAGUAGAUGGAAAACAUGGG